GAUGGAGCGGAGGAAAGGAGAGAAGGGCGAGCGGGGCUUUCCAGGUCUCACGGGACAGCCAGGAGUCCCCGGGUUCCCCGGACCGGAGGGCCCGAUCGGAGCCAGAGGAGAGAAGGGAAGUGACGGAGCUCAAGGACCAUCUGGUCCAAAAGGAAUAAGAGGCCCGUCUGGACUGCCAGGAUUUCCAGGAACGCCAGGACUUCCGGGUCUGCCCGGGCAGGACGGACCUCCGGGCCCGAGAGGAUUGGCGGGAUGCAACGGAACAAAGGGUGAAAGGGGUUUCCCAGGAAGUUCAGGAAUCCCCGGACAGCAAGGACGGCCGGGUCCACCUGGUCUGCCGGGACAAAAGGGCGACCCGGGUGAUGUGAUCUCCACCAAUCGUUUUGGAGAGACCGGAGCGGUUGGAUUGCCCGGAUUACCUGGAGCUCCUGGAGCUACCGGACCCGCGGGUUUGCAAGGUCCAGUCGGCCCUCCGGGACCCAGAGGCUAUGAGGGUCGUCCAGGUCCUCCAGGACCUCCCGGACCAAAGGGGAACAUGGGAUUGAACUUCCAAGGACCCAAAGGAGAGAGGGGUGAGACUGGUAUGCCAGGACCUCCUGGUCCUCCCGGGCAAGUCGGGGAACAGAAGAAGCCGCCUGAGACGGAGAUUCAGAGAGGAGACAAGGGUGAUCCAGGUCUUCCAGGUCCCCGAGGUGACCCCGGCUAUACAGGACCACCUGGUCCCGCAGGUGGCCAGAAAGGAGACAAGGGAGAACCAGGAGAACCAGGCAAACGAGGCAAACCAGGCAAAGAUGGCGAUCCCGGGACUCCAGGCUACCCCGGGCCCAAGGGAGGCUCAGGCUUGCCAGGCCCUGCAGGCAGGGAUGGAGAGAGAGGAUUUAAAGGUGAUAAAGGAAUCCAAGGCCCACCAGGAGUGGUGAUCGGCGGGCAGACAGCGGGUGGGGUCGGCCCUAAGGGCGAGCCAGGGUUCCCCGGCACCCCGGGGAGCAAAGGGGACAGAGGACUACCAGGUUUGUCAGGACCUCCAGGACCUCCGGGACUUCCAUCUAGCGGUGGUAAUGGUCCGCCCGGCCCCCCAGGCUUCCCUGGAGAGAGAGGUCAGAAGGGAGACCUUGGCUCUCCAGGCCUGUCUUUGCCAGGUCCCCCUGGGCGUUCAGGGACUCCUGGUGGCCAGGGGCCACCGGGGCCCCCCGGGCCUCCUGGCUUUUCCACACCAGGGCAAGACUGCAUUGCAGGCGAGCCCGGGCGUCCCGGGGUGCAGGGAGAGACGGGUUAUCCAGGAGAGACGGGGCAGAAAGGUGAGAAGGGCGACACCUGUGUGAACUGCUUUGGCAGCAGCAGCGGCAUCCCAGGACCCCAAGGACCUCCCGGACCGCCUGGAUUCCCUGGAACUCCUGGCUCCCCGGGUAUCAAAGGAGACAGAGGAUUUUCAGGAACACCUGGUGCCGAUGGACCGCCUGGUCGCCCUGGUCCUCAAGGUUCUCCAGGGUUCCCCGGAGAGAAGGGAGACCCGGGAGAUGUCAUUACAGUCAACGGCUUGCGGGGACAGAAAGGGGACACUGGAUUCCCGGGAUCCGCCGGUCUCCCCGGUCUGGACGGUCGGCCCGGUCGCGAUGGACAGCCAGGAUCUCCGGGAUCCAAAGGAGCUCCUGGCUCUCUGCUGGUGAAAGGAGAACGAGGCAACCCCGGUGAGCCCGGUCUUUCAGGUAUUCCAGGAGACAGGGGUCCUCCAGGGAGUCCUGGCUACGGACCUCCAGGACCUAACGGAGAGAAAGGUAUCCAGGGCGUCUCGGGAAGACCUGGAGGUCCCGGUGCACCCGGUGCUAAAGGAGAACCGGGCCUGACGGUGGCUGAGAAAGGCUUACCGGGACCCCGAGGACAGGAUGGGGAGCCCGGACUGCCUGGCUCACCAGGUAGCCCUGGUCAGCCCGGACAGAGUGGUUUCCCUGGGUUACCGGGAUCGAAGGGUGACCCUGGACUCCCAGGCAUCGGACUCCCAGGACCCCCCGGAGCUAAAGGAUUUCCAGGUAUCGGUGGCCAGCCAGGAGCUCCAGCAGCACCGGGCAGACCAGGAGUAGACGGACUCCCUGGCCAGCCUGGAUUUCCUGGACCCAAGGGCGAGCCUGGCUUUGGCCUCCCUGGCCCCCCAGGUUUACCAGGAGUACCUGGAGCUAAAGGUUUCACCGGACCAAAGGGCGAUCCCGGUUUCCCCGGCGGCCCCGGCUCACCUGGUCGAUCUGGAUUUGACGGCUCUCCGGGACCUAAAGGUGACGCCGGUAGACCCGGUAUACCCGGAGCCCGUGGUCCCCCCGGAUCCCCCACCAUUGGCUCACUGGGGCCGCCAGGCCCCCCCGGACCCCCUGGACCAAUGGGACCCCCAGGAUUCCCUGGAUCGAACGGAGAGAAGGGAGACCCCGGCCCCCCAGGUCUAGAUAUUCCAGGUCAGCCAGGAGACAGAGGAAGUCCCGGUUUCCCAGGUUCCCCGGGACCAGUUGGAACUCCAGGACCCCCUGGAGGACCUGGACGGGACGGCCUGCCUGGACUGCCAGGUCUUAAAGGAGACAUGGGCCCCAUGGGAUCUCCAGGACCUUCUGGAGAAUCAGGAAGACCAGGAGGACCCGGCGGUCCCGGAGCUAAAGGUGAACCUGGAUUCCCAGGCCGAGACGGUGGACCCGGCGGCCCCGGUGCCAAAGGAGAUAGAGGAGAAGCUGGCGACCAGGGACCCCCAGGAACCAUAGACCCCACAGACAUUCCGAGGGGACAGAAAGGAGAACCUGGACCAUCAGGUGGUCCAGGUUUUUCAGGUCAGAAAGGAAUCGCCGGUCUCCCUGGUGAUCCCGGGCUACCAGGAUCAGAUGGACGACCCGGACUCCCCGGUCCACCAGGUCCCAAAGGAGAUCCCGGCAUCCCAGGAGGCCCUGGGGGUCCUGGGCUUUCAGGAGCUAAGGGCGGAAUGGGAGAAAUGGGAUUUCCAGGUCCGUCAGGCCAGAAAGGUCUACCGGGUCAGCCAGGUCGGCCUGGAUCCCCGGGACAGCCAGGAGGACCCGGUUUCUCUGGAGCCAAAGGUGAACCAGGCUCUGCUGGAGUUGGACCACCCGGAGUAUCUGGACCCAAGGGUGAACCAGGUCAGCCAGGUUUCCCAGGAAAUUCAGGACUGAAAGGAACUGCAGGAUCCCCCGGUCUCCCAGGGUUACCAGGAGGGCCUGGUCCCAAAGGCGACAGCGGGAUCCCAGGACUACAAGGACCUCCUGGUAUUCCCGGUCCCAAGGGUCUCGACGGAGGGCCUGGUACACCGGGUCUCACCGGAGCUCCCGGUAGACCAGGAGAGUCCGGCCGACCAGGAGGACCAGGGUUGCCAGGAGACAAGGGUCAGGCAGGUCGAGACGGGAUCCCAGGACCGGCUGGAAUCAAAGGAGACCCCGGGCUUCCUGGUUACGGUGGACCCGGUGCUCCGGGGCUUCCAGGGUUGCCAGGCUCAAAGGGAGACGCCGGUCUCCCCGGCCCCUCUGGCAGUCCUGGUUUCCCCGGCACUAAAGGAGAAACCGGCUACCCCGGCUCCCCUGGUCUUCCCGGCAACAUCGGACCUCCUGGGCCCCCGGGUCAGGCUCUGCUGGGCCCCAAAGGAUCACAAGGACCCCCUGGGCCACCCGGACGAGCAGGUGCACCGGGCCCCGAGGGUCCCCGCGGGCCCGCAGGCAACGGCGGCGUUAAGGGGGACAAGGGGAUCCCCGGCGCUCCCGGCCAGCCGGGCUUCCCUGGACAAAAGGGAGACAGCGGCACUCCCGGAUUCCCGGGUCCCUCUGGUCUUCCCGGUACUCCUGGUUUGAAGGGAGACAUCGGUCUUCCCGGUGUUCCUGGAUUCCCUGGAUCAAAGGGAGACCAGGGACUCCCCGGCGCCAGCGGCCUUCCUGGAAAUCCUGGCGACGUCGGAGAGACCGGCCCUCCUGGCGACGCCGCCAUUCCUCCGUCUCCCAUCUAUGUGAAGGGAGACCGAGGACUCCCCGGUGCUCAGGGCCAGCCUGGUGGUCGGGGACAACCCGGCUCUCCUGGGCGUGAAGGACUUCCAGGUCAGCGUGGCUACCCCGGUCCCCCUGGUUCCGACGGUCCACAGGGUCUCCCCGGUCUUCCGGGAUCCGUCUCCGCUGCCCACGGCUUCCUCAUCACCCGACACAGCCAGGCCCAGGAAGUGCCCUUCUGCCCCGAAGGAACCAGCCUCAUCUACGACGGCUACUCCCUGCUGUACGUGCAGGGCAACGAGAGGGCCCACGGACAGGACCUCGGCACGGCGGGCAGCUGUCUGCGCCGGUUUAGCACCAUGCCCUUCAUGUUCUGCAACAUCAACAACGUCUGCAACUUCGCCUCCCGCAACGACUACUCCUACUGGCUGUCCACGCCCGAGCCCAUGCCCAUGUCCAUGGCCCCCAUCACCGGAGAGGGCAUCAAGCCCUUCAUCAGCAGGUGUGCGGUGUGUGAAGCCCCGGCCAUGGUGAUCGCGGUCCACAGUCAGACCAUCCAGAUUCCCACUUGCCCUUCAAAUUGGGAAGCUCUGUGGAUAGGAUACUCCUUCAUGAUGCACACCAGUGCGGGUGCAGAGGGCUCCGGUCAGGCCCUGGCCUCCCCCGGGUCCUGCCUGGAGGAGUUCCGCAGCGCCCCCUUCAUAGAGUGCCACGGCAGAGGGACGUGCAACUACUACGGCAACUCCUACAGCUUCUGGCUGGCCACCGUAGAGCAAUCUGAGAUGUUCAGGAAGCCCCAGGCGGAGACUCUGAAGGCGGGUAACCUACGAACGCGCGUCAGCCGUUGCGUGGUCUGCAUGAAGAGGACGUAACGGCACACGGCAACAUCGCCAUGUCGGGGGACGCACGAUCGAAAUCAAGAGAUGAAAGGAUGACGAGGAACAAACAGGGGAGGGGGGGAGGAGGGGGGAGGAGGGGGGAGGAGGGGGAGGACGACCUGGUGGAUUUCCUAUUGUGCAUUGUCUUCGAAAAAACAACAAACUUACGACUUAAAACAAUGGUGCUACUGUACAACACAGCGUAAACACAUCGUACAUGUAUUCUUUGUUUCUCUUAAGAAGUACCUCAAAACAAAAGAAAAAUACCCACUAAAUGGUGCCAUGAUGGAUGUGUGAAAAAAAACGAAAGUGCAUUUUUUUUUUUUUUUUAAUUCUUUUCCCUUCUUUCCCAAAAUGAUCAUUGUUUCUUUUUUUAUUUAAUCCCUGUUGACGUUGGCUGCAAGAAAACCAUUUCUAGGCAAAAGAAGCUCUUUUUUUGUUUUGUUUUGUUUUGUUUUGUUUAUGGCCUUCGUGAGGAGGAAUGACGGUCUCCACGGCAACCAAAUCGGCACUUUGACUUGGGAACAUCCAAGAUG